AUGCCACCAAAACCAGAUACACAACUAGAAACUAAAUCAAAAGCUAAAGUAGAUAAAAAGAUAGGAAGUCUUAUAUGCGGUUUUAAAAGUAAGUAUUUAAAUAUCAUUGCAUUACAUAAAAAGACAUUUCUCAAAUAUUAAAUGCAUAUAUAAUACAUCAAAUUCAUCUUUACGUAAAAUUAGUUUUAAAGUUUUACUUAUUCAGGUCCAGGACCGAAAUAUCACCUUAAAACAUUGGUCGGUUUUAAAGAGCAUUGUUUUUCAAAAUAUCGAAAUCCAGCAUAUACAUUUGGUUAUAGGCGUCCUAGUUUACGAAAAUGUGAAGUACCAGGACCAAAAUACGUAUUUCCAACGCCCAAACCUGAUGGUUUUUCAUUUGGAUUAAUUAGAAAGACUUUCGAUACUUCUUGCGGUCCUGGCCCAAAAUAUUUAUUACCAUCUUCAAAAGGACUAGCUUUUACAAUAAAAUUCAGAACUAAAGGAAGACAACUUUGCCUCGGACCAGGUCCUUAUAAUGUAAAAACUCCUGUACCAUGUUCAUCUUUUUACAUAGGACGUCGUCUACCUGGUUUAAAACGUGAUCCUACACCAGGCCCCAAAGCUUACAGUGAUAUAUUGGUCAAACAAAGAGUACCAGCAUACCAUAUAACUGUCAAAAGAGAUGAAAAAAUAACUUGUCCUUCUCCAGGCCCUAAAUACUAUCCUAAAACUCCUAAACCAAUGCCUAUGUAUUCCUUUAGAAUCAAACAUAGCGAAUGUGCUCCUCCUUAUAUCGUUGAAUGCGAUAAUCAAUGUUAA